UCCAGCGCCGAGAGCAGGAGCAUUUGCGCAGAUCGCCUGCGCUGCCCUCACCAGACACACGGUGUUUCAGUCGAGGAACUUUGUUGUGAUUUUUUGGAGCGAUCCGCCUGCAAAGUGUCUGCCGGGCAACCACACUGCUCACAGGACUCGUGUCAGCAACCAGGGAUUCUAACAUGGUGAUCAAAGUGUACAUAGCAUCGUCCUCCGGAUCCACCUCGAUCAAAAAGCAGCAGCAGGACGUGAUGGGCUUCCUGGCGGCCAAUAAGAUCGAAUUUGAGGAGUGUGACAUCGCAGCCAAUGAGGGCAACAGGAAGUGGAUGAGAGAGAAUGUUCCGGAUGAGUCCAAGCCGGCCACGGGGAACCCUCUCCCCCCACAGAUAUUUAACGAAAGCAAAUAUUGCGGGAACUAUGAGGCCUUCUUUGAUGCCAGAGAAGACAACGCUGUGUAUGCGUUUCUGGGUCUGACCGCUCCCCCGGGCUCCAAGGAGGCCGAGGCGCUAGCGAAGAAAGAAGCACAGCAGUAGCAGCUUUACACCGUUUCUACCUGAGACCUGAUCUGGACCCAGACCAACCUGGAACUGAUCCAGGAGCAAAAACAAGAAUUUCACUCGGCUUAUAAAUAUGUGGACUUUUUUUUCAGUAUGUUUUAUUUUUUCUAUUAAUCUGUGUUCAGCUGUGCCUUGUCAGCUGUAGUGAAGGGAGAUACUAAAGCAGAGCAUUAUGGGUAUCUACAAACAGCUCUGCUUCCUCCCAUUAGCCUCAGCCUGCUAAGCCUACUGGCCUAAUGACAUGUCAAUCAACCAUUAGCAUGAACGUGUAGCUUCUAUCAGACACAACCAAAUGUAUGCACUUUGGAAAUGUGUAACACAGAUUCAUCAUUUGGCAAACAGAACAUCAUCAAUGUUAGACCAUGAAACGUCUGUUUAACCCUUUGAAACCUGGACUGACGUCAGUUUCUUGUGUUACAUUGGGGCGCCUUUCACAAGCAUUUACACCAAUUGAAACGUGAUGAAACUGGUCCGAUUUCUUUUGAAAACACGACAGGAUUAAUCAGAACAUAUGGAGACAGAUUUGUGUCAGUAGUAUUUGUGUGAAAUUAUUGACAAACCAUAUGUUAAUGUGUAAUCUGUAAAUAUAAAACCACCUCCACAAAUACAAAAAAAUUGUAAACUUGAAAAACUAUUUUACAAGUACAACAUGGAACUGCAAAUACAUAAACAAAUUCAAAAAAAUACUCAGUGUGCGUAAAAUUGAAAUCUGCAGGCAAAGAAUUGAGAUUCACAAAUAAAUACUGGAUUCACAAAUAUUUGUUCACAAGUUGUAAAUGUUACGAAGAUAUUCACAAAUGCUUUUUUAAAAAAAAAAAAAAAAUCAAAUGUAUUUACAGAUAUUUUUUAUUUGUGGAAUUAAUUUGUG